AUGAAUCGCUCUUUGUCGGUUGUAGUAUUUCUAAUCGCCAUCGCGACACUAACCUGCGAGGGCCAGAGGAGUCCAGCUCUCCCCCUCUCCAAGAACAGUUUCCGGCAGAUACUGCGAACCAAACACGCUGUGCCUCCAGGCAGAGUCCCGCGGUUGUCAGACAUUAUAAUCAGACAUUAUAGCAAAAACUCAACAACUCCAAAAAGCUAUAGGAUCAGGUCUAUCAGUAGAAUCCUGGAUGAUCCAGACUUUGACCUUCGGAAGCCGACGGUCCUCUACGGUCACGGGUACGUGGAGUUGAUAACAGACAAGAACAUGGUGAAGAUCGUGAAGGCAUACCUCCAGCGGGAUGAGCAGAACCUUCUCAUAUUGGACUGGUCAAACAUGGCGUUCGGCAGCUACAUAGCAGUGGUGCUCGGCUUAAAAGCUAUAGCGGCGGAGGUGAGUAAGGGUGUACAUGCGCUGUUGUUGCGAGGGCUAUCCUUGGAGGGUCUGCACCUGGUCGGCCACUCUCUAGGCGCACACCUUAUGGCUUACACCGCCAGAAAUCUUGCUGCUAAAGGCUUUCAAGUGCCCAGGUUAACCGGCCUAGAUCCAGCUUACCCGGGUUUCUACCCGGCCCUCCUGUCCGACCCGAUGUCAUCUUCUGACGCGGGGUUCGUAGAUGCUGUCCACACGGACGGGGGCGGGUUCGGAGCCCCGGACCGCACCGCUCACGCCGACUUCUGGCCCAACGAGGGCCGCGCCAAGCAGCCCGGCUGCCUGUCUGCUACUGUGCCGCUUACUACUGAAGACUUCUGCAGUCAUUGGCGGUCGGUGUCGUUCUGGGCGGAAUCUGUGCGCGGCGGCGAGUUCCUGGCGCGGCGAUGCUAUGACUACGACGCGUUCCUGCGCGGGCGCUGCACAGACGAGCCUGUCGUCUAUAUGGGCGCGCGAGCGACACAUGAUCUCCGAGGAAACUUUUACCUUCGUACCGCGGCCUCGGAGCCAUUUGCCCUGGGCGAGCGCGGUGCAGCGUGAGGCGCCAUCUGACGGAAUUAUGUGAAACUACGUCGGUUCUAAGCAGUGCGCUUUUUGUUGUACGAGGUAUUUUAAGGAAAGUUUUGUAUUUGCUCAAUAGAUGUCGCUGUAUAA